ACGAUAUCAUUUUCUCCCCUGCCAUAUAUCUCUGCACGUGACGUGAAUUAUAUUAAGACCUACAUAUAGUUGGAAUACAUUUGAGUCACGAAGACCACCGGUUAACGGAUAUGGACAUUACUAAGUUAAAGACGGCAGCUGAAGACGCCGUCGACAAGUAUAAAGACGAAUUAAAUGAAUUAAGUCAAGCUAUAUGGUCUGUACCAGAGCUUAACUUCAAUGAACAUUCUGCUCACAGAGUUUUAACAAAGUUUCUAGAGAAGGCGGGAUUUAAAGUUGAGAGAAAUUUUAUCCUAGAGACGGGAUUCAGGGCAACAUAUGGCGAUGACGAUUCUUCUAAACCUAAUAUUUGUGUGAUUUGUGAGUAUGAUGCUCUACCGGAAAUUGGACAUGCUUGUGGACAUAAUCUAAUAGCUGAAGUUGGUGUAGCUACAGGAUUAGCUAUUAAAGCUGCCAUGGAUGCUUCUCAGGUUCCACUCGGGAAGGUAACAGUUUUAGGAACACCCGCAGAAGAAGGAGGAGGUGGGAAAAUAGACCUCAUCAAUGCGAAUGUAUUUGAUAAUGUUGAUGUAGCUAUGAUGUCUCAUCCGUCACCAUUUGAUCAUGCCAAACCACCAACUUUAUCCAUAAACAAAUGUAACGUGGUGUAUCAUGGACGAGCUUCGCAUGCGGCUGGUUUUCCAUGGGAAGGUGUGAACGCCCUCGAUGCCGCUGUUCUGUGUUACCAGAACGUAUCCUGUUUAAGACAACACUUUAAGCCAAAAUGGCGAGUCCAUGGUAUCAUAACAAAGGGUGGAGCUAAACCGAACAUUAUACCAGAUUUAACUGAAUUAGAAUAUUAUUGUCGAGCACCAACUGAUACUGAACUAGGUGUAUUAAAAAACAAGAUCAGUAAAUGUUUUGAAAGCGCUGCUGUGGCUACAGGAUGCACGGUAGACUAUAAAUUUGAUGACAGACCAUAUUCCAGGUUAAUCAGUAAUAAGACUAUUGUGGGAUUGUUCGAGACGAAUGCUGCGGAAGCUGGUAUUGAAUUGUGGGAUGAACCAGAUCCCCCAACUGGAUCGACAGAUAUGGGUAAUGUUUCGCACGUGGUACCCAGUAUACAUCCUAUGUACUCUAUUGGUGGUAAAGCAGCUAAUCAUACCAAGGAAUUCACAACAGAUUCAGGUUCUGUUGUCGCCCAGCCGUUCACAUUGAAACAAGCCAAGGUGUUAGCAUACACAGCUCUGGAUAUAUACAGUAGACCCGAGCUUCUCAAACAAAUAAAACAAGACUUUAUCAAAGACUUAGAAAAUGCCUAAUCAUAAAAUCUUAUUGAGCUGGCUCUCCUGAAACUUUGUUUAUUAUCGUAACGACUGUGGCAAUGGCAAUCGUGACUACACUGUUCUCCAACCAACCGACGAUAACUCCACUCAGAAUGAAAUAAUUGUACUGAUAUUUUCAACAUACAUGUAUUUCUUUUUCUUUAUAGAUUCUUUAUCUAUUAUAACGAGAGCUGUCAGCUCUUUAUCUAAAUCGAACAUACUGCAUGUCACAUUAAA